UACUCCAGGAUGUUACCAUUACAGACUGCCUAUAGGAGUAGUAGUACGCGGUUCUCCGGUGUAGGUUUCGUUUACGCGCCGUUGUAGAAAGUUUAUAUAGUCGCUUUGAACGCGAGCGUUAUCUAGAGUUUACAGCCGCGCUUUGGGGUACAAAGAUGGCGGAUCAUAUGGCUUCGGUGGCCAUGUUGGACGUGGCUUGGCAGACUGGAGUGUAGUAUGUGCAAACUUCUAGCCGGACACCGGCAGUGAGCUGGGUACAGGACUCAGCCCUUGCGGCUGCACUUACAGGCAACAAUGAAGCUGAUAAGCAAAGACAUCGAAAAGGACAAUGCGGGGCAGGUGACAUUGAUCCCCGAAGAGGCAGAAGACAUGUGGCACACGUACAACUUGAUGCAGGUCGGAGACAGUCUGCGGGCGUCGACAAUCAGGAAAGUGCAGACUGAAUCCUCCACAGGCAGCGUGGGCAGUAACCGCAUUCGCACCACGCUCACCAUAUGCGUAGAGACCAUCGAUUUUGAUUCCCAAGCCUGUCAGCUGAGAGUCAAGGGAAUAAAUAUCCAGGAGAACCAGUAUGUGAAGAUGGGAGCCUACCAUACCAUAGAACUGGAGCCAAACCGCAAGUUCACACUGGCCAAGAAACAGUGGGACAGCGUUGUACUGGAGAGGAUUGAGCAGGCCUGUGACCCUGCAUUCAGUGCAGAUGUUGGCGCUGUAGUGAUGCAGGAGGGUCUGGCCCACAUCUGCCUGGUCACGCCCAGUAUGACACUUCUCCGAGCCAAGAUUGAGACCAGCAUUCCACGCAAGAGGAGGGGCAACUGUACCCAGCAUGAAAAGGCUCUAGAGAAGUUUUAUGAGCAGGUUAUGCAGGGAAUUCUGCGGCACAUCAACUUUGAUGUGGUAAAGGUGGUCCUUGUUGCCUCUCCCGGCUUUGUUCGGGAGCAGUUUUGCGAGUUCCUUUUCCUGCGAGCCGUGAAACAGGAUAUAAAGUUACUGCUGGAAAACCGCGGCAAAUUCCUACAAGUUCACAGCUCAUCCGGGCACAAGUACUCUCUCACAGAGGUUCUGUGUGAUCCAGCAGUGACAGCGCGCCUGGCAGACACAAAGGCUGCCUCCGAGAUAAAAGCGCUGGGCGAUUUCUACAAAAUGCUGCAGCAUGAACCAGACCGAGCGUUCUAUGGGAUAAAGCAAGUAGAAAAAGCAAACGAAGCUCUGGCCAUUGACAUCCUACUAGUUACUGACGAACUGUUCAGACAUCAGGACGUGCCGACGCGGACUCGCUACGUUAGACUUGUGGACAGCGUGAAGGAUAACGGGGGGACUGUAAGGAUCUUUUCCAGUUUACAUGUCUCAGGAGAGCAGUUAAACCAGUUGACGGGAGUGGCGGCCAUCUUGCGCUUCCCAGUGGCGGACCUCUCCGAUGAAGAGUCAAGCUCCGACGAUGAUUAGACUAAUUUAUUCUUGUAUUUCUGCUCCUCUGUUGGUUGCAAUUGGACACUGCCCAUGUUGUCACCGGGCAAAGAAAUAGAAAUCAAACUCCAUCUGA